CCACCAUAUUACUCUUCAAGAAGGAUCAUCGCCAGCACGUAUGGCUAGGAAAAAGCCAAAAUUCAAACGGGAGUUUACCGCAUAAAUUUAGCUAUGCAGACUUGAUUGAUGGGCAAUCUUGACGUUAUUAUUCAAGAAGCUUAUUCUGGAUCAUUUCAAAGUGUUCUAUCGCUAUCAAAUCGCUCAUUUAUUGUCUUUAAAACUAAAGUGUCACGGAAGAGAGGCCUUUUUAGGCCCGUUUAGGACUAGCUUUGUACGAAGACUUGGAUGUGUAUGGCAGCAUUAUAAUGUCCUUAUUUGUGAACGCAGUUAACAAAACGAUGGGAUCUGCUCUAUCCGUUGUUUGGGACUAUGGAAAAUGGAUGUUUGGAUAUGGUACAGACGAACGAAACGAUGGUACUGGCAUGUCUUGUGCAACACCAUUUGUGUUUACAAGACGAAGCUCAUUAUUCAUUGAUGAAGAUGGCGAUGCAGCUCAUGAAUUUUAUGUAGAAGUUACACCACCAAAUGGUCGACCAUGGAUGAAGAGAAUUACUGAAAACCUAAUUGAACAGGGAUUUGUUAAGCUGAAGUAUCCUAGACUGCAUGUGGAUUUUCCAGUUGCUUUGUAUGAGGGCUAACUUGUUUUUGGCUUAAUGAAAUCAUUGGUCAUGCAGUUGACAUAAUCAGCAUCACAAGCUCUUUGUCUGCAUUGGAUUUGUCUAGAUUGGAAGUCAAGAUGAUAACAAAUGUGGAGGCUGAAGAUCCAAGUUGAAAUCAUUUGUUGAGGUGAUUGCAACAAAUAGGUUUUGUUAUUUGACCUAAAGAAUGCAUGCAAUAAUACUGUCUUUUGUAUUUAUUUGAACAUUCCAAAUAGGUGUAAAUGAAAUUUAAAUAAUUGCUAAAGAUUCA